AAAAAAAAAACAAUACUUAGUGCACGAUGCAAGUCUUCCUUGCUUGAUGUUAACUAUGAAUUGGCUCUAAAGAGUUUUAUAUAUCAAAUCCUUGACUUGAAUGAAUUUAUUAGUUUAUGUUUUCUUUUUUGUCAUUACAGGACAAUGAAGAAUUGAAUACAACAUUACUUUUACAUUUUUUUGGAAAAAAUGGUCGAGAUACAUUAAAUUAUACAGAAUUUAAACGAUUUAUGGAACAUCUUCAAACGGAAGUACUUGAAAUUGAAUUUACAGAAUUUUCACAUGGUUUUAAAACAAUAUCUGAUUUGGAUUUUGCUGAAAUACUUUUACGUUAUACAGAUUUGGAUCGUAGUACAAAAAAAUUCAUUUUAAAAAAAGUUAAAAAAUCAACAGAUCAUCCAGAUGGUAUUACAUUUGAACAAUUUAAACAAUUCUUUGCUUUUCUUAAUAAUCUGGAAGAAUUCAGUGUUGCUAUGCGUUUUCAUCAAUUAUCAAAUAAACCAAUUUCACAAGGUGAGUAUAUAACAUCAUAG